CAAAUCAGUCGAGCCAGCCAUGAAGUGACCACCGGGACACGUGCACUCUUGUCCAUAGCGAGAUCUCAACAUGACUCCUGGACUGGGUCACGAUCCACUGGGGAGUUACAACAACACAUACAUUGGUACAGCGAGUGGUUUGUGCCUUUGGCAGCAGCCCCAGCACAUCCUCUUCCAACUGGCCAACUGCUGCUUCGCCUUGUCAUACUCAGCACCAUCGUCCAAAAAGGGAAUACUCUUCAUGCAUUCGCUCCUCAUAAUUGGAUUCAUGUUGCUGUCUGGAUGGGCUUGGCACGUGAUCUGCGCUCCUGACAUAUUCUCUUGGAACUUCUCCUUCCUAGUACUCAACAUCUGUCAAUUGGUGUACAUCGUCUAUCAGAUGAGGCCAGUUAGGUUCGAUCCGGAACUCGAGGAAGUCUAUCACACUCUCUUUUUCCCCUUCAAGGUGUCACGCAUGCAGUUCAAGCGACUCGUGUCUCCAGAAUUCGCGACGAUAAUGUCACUCCAUGCUGGUGAAGCGUAUGCAAUGCAAAACUUAACACGCACAGAUAGAUUAGGUCUAUUGCUGAGUGGUAAGGUCAAUGUUCUGAGUGAGACUAAUUUUCUACAUCCAAUACUGCCAUGCGAAUUUCUCGAUUCACCCGAGUUCGAGAGCUCUCGAGCGUCUGUAGAUGAUAAGUUCAAAGUUUCCAUUGUGGCGGCGAGUUCAUGCAGGUACUUAUACUGGCAGAGAUCAGCUCUAGAGUACCUCCUGGUGAAAGAAGCAUAUCUGGCGACUGUGUUAACAACUCUCGUUGCGAGGGACAUCGCAACCAAGUUAUAUGCCAUGAAUAGUAAGAUAAUCACGGAUAAAGGAUCGCAUCUGGACAUACGAUUACCUUCGAUAAGCGCUGGCAUCGGUGUCAGCUCGGAAUAUCGAAGUCCACGUGCGUCGAGACAAGCGCUGAUUCGACGGAAGGACGCUAAACAUGCCGCCAACAAUGUAGGAGGCGCAAAACCGAAAGAUCGGCCCGUGAAUAAUCUGACUAAACUGGGGGCCCCGAAUAUGGAGCCUCUACCAGAACUGCCGUCUUGCGACGAUUUAGCAUCGAGUGGAGUUGAGAGCUGGCUGGAUUCCUCCAGCAAAUACCACAGCUGCGAAGUUGUCGAUGAGGAGUGAAUCAAGGACUUCAGGAAUAUGAAAUUGCGUCAUUCAUACUGUCUUCCUGAUUAUUUUUUUACACGAGUACCAGUCAUCACCGGGGUCUUGCACCUUUUUAAUAAUAAACAUGACGUUGCAUUUAUCAUCACUAAUGAAAAAAUUUCACUGAGAAUCUUACUUAAUUCGCUAAACAAUUGUAUUCCAUUUCUAUUGAACUUUAUAUUAAUUCCGACUCUAUCGAAAAAAUAACAAAUUUGGAAACAAAUACUAUCAAAUGUGAGUAGAAUACCACGGACAUUUUUUUUAUGGAAAUUGCUAGGCCCAAAUUAUUUAAAGUUGCUUUAUUGAUUUCUUUGAUUUCAGUUAAUGGAAGAAAGAAUGAAAUUGUUUUACAGGUACUACUUAUUUCUACAGAUGCUUUUUUAUUGAUCAUUUCAAUGGAGUUAUUCAAGAACUAAUAAAAAAUUCAAUAGAAAUUCAAUGAAAUUUUCUAGCAAAUUUGUUACGUUUUUCUAUUGAAUUUUCUCGUGCGUAAUGUAUAUCAGUUGAUCAGUGAAGUGUUGUACAGUUCGUAGCGAUCUUUUCAAUUUGUACCACCACGAGUUUUUAUGAAACUCGAUCCUUAGUUGAGAAUAUACACAAUUGUAUUAUUCCUGU